UUCACGUUUAAAAGUACAGCAGUAACACACUACGUUACGACGACGCUUAUCUGUACUGUGUAGUUUCACCAAUUUUGAUUUUUGGGCAAAAGGCCUUUAAUUAACCAGAUAUGGGUAAAAGUGAAAAGAAAAGUAAGAAGCACAGAUCACGUUCAAGGGAAAGAGAUGAACGAAGACGUGACAAAAAGCCGAAAAAACGACGACACAGAUCAAGUGACGAAAGUAGUAGUAGCAGCAGUCCUGAUAGCAGGCGCAGAAAGCAGCCACGCCGCUCUGAGUCAAAUUCUCCAGACAGAAGGCAACACAAACACCGGGCUCGUUCAAAGGAAAGGAGGGUGACAAGUCCUCCAAGAUCAAAGGAAAUGACCAAGGAAGAGAAAAGGAAACAAAAAAUGAUGAUGAAGGCCCUUGAAACUCCAGAAGAGAAGAGGGCAAGAAGACAAGAAAAAAAGUUAGCCAAAGAAAGGAAAAGAAAAGAACAAAUGGGAUGGGAUAAAGAAAUGAUGGGAUAUACCAACCAAGACAAUCCUUUUGCUGAUCCUAAUCUAUUAGAAACGUUCUGCUGGCAUAAGAAAAAUGCUAAACUUGGAUUGAAAGAUGCAGAUGCAAAUGUAAUUAAGAAACUAAGUCGACAUAAACAAGUUGAAAAUAGGCUUGAACUACAGAAGGUUAAACAAAGAAGAUUAGAAAGAGAAAAGGAAAGAGAAGAAAGAGAAAAAGAAAUGGAAUUAUUGCAGAGACAGCGAGAGGCUGAAUCUUUCAAAGAGUGGGAACAACAGGAAGACAAUUUUCAUCUUCAGCAAGCCAAACUUAGAUCCAGUAUAAGAAUUAAAGAUGGAAGAGCUAAGCCAAUUGACUUGCUUGCUCAAUACAUAGCAGAAGAUGAUGAUGGUGAUUUUUCUCUUGAAAUUCAAGAGCCAUAUAAAAUUCUAAUGGGUUUGACAAUCUCAGAUCUGGAACAUUUGCUAGCAGAUAUUGAUAUAUACAUGAAGUUAGACGAAAAGAAGAAUGUAGACUAUUGGCAAGAUAUUACAUUAAUUACGGAGGAUGAGCUGGCUAAACUCAAGAAAAUUGACCCAGAAUGUCAAGAUGGUGCUGAUAGAAGGGAAGGAAUAAACAAUUCUGUUAGCUCAGAAAUAGAAGUUAUUUUCAAAGGAAAAACACACAGCCAGCUGGUGCUUCUUCAGGAGCAGAUCAUCUCUCGAUUAAAUGGUGACGAUGGCGCUGUUGAUAUAGGCUACUGGGAAACGUUACUUCAGAAUUUAAAGGCUUACAUUGCUAGAGCUAGACUGAAGGAACGACAUCAGACCAAGUUGAGGAACAAACUCCUAAUGCUGAGGCAGCAGCAAGGAGUGGAGAGUGAACCUAUGUUUCCAGCUGGGGUACCUGGUACAUCAAGUAAGGCUGGGGUUAGUGGGAGUGGUGAGAUUGAACUCACAGAUUCAGAUGAUGAAGAUGAUUAUGAUGACAAGGAGGAGGAACCAAGAGGAGCAUCAGGUGGAAUGGAAGAAGACCAGCCUGGUGCCAGUAAUGAAGCAGUAGAUGAAGAACCAGAAGAGCUAAUCACGGAAGAGGACCUCCAGCAGCAGAGCCAUGAUGACUACAUUGAUGGCAGAUACUCACCAGUACUGCUGAGGACUAAGGAACUACCUCCUGACACCAUCCUGUUUGAUCCUGAAGAAGACAUGGCCAAGUUAGAAGUUCUUCGUAAAAGGUUAAUGACAACAGGCUCAGCUAAGGAAACUGCUGAGAGCGAGUUCAUUAAGAAGGCUCGCAUGGGCAUGGGUUCUGAUGAGGCAACAUUUGCAGUUGAGAUGGACAUCCAAAAGCAAGAACCCUACCUCUGGUCUGACAAAUACCGACCAAGAAAACCGCGCUUCUUUAAUCGAGUUCACACAGGUUUUGAAUGGAACAAGUAUAACCAGACACAUUAUGACAUGGAUAACCCACCGCCAAAGGUUGUUCAAGGAUACAAAUUCAAUAUAUUUUACCCAGAUUUGAUUGACAAGAGAAAUGCACCAGAGUACACAGUAACACCAUGUCCGGACAAUGAAGACUUUGGUGUACUCCGAUUUAAUGCUGGACCACCAUAUGAGGAUAUAGCCUUCAAGAUUGUGAACAGAGAGUGGGAGUAUAGUCACCGGCAUGGUUUUCGCUGCCAAUUCAGUAACAGUAUCUUCCAGCUUUGGUUUAGAUUCAAGAGAUAUCGUUACAGGAGAUAGUUUUUUUUUAUACUGUAUCUGCAAUUAUUAUUUUAUUUUUGAAGGGGGGAAGCCUUGUAUGGUCAAUCAAUUCAGGGAUGUUAGGAGCUUAUUUAAUUGAUAUCAGAAUUAAUUUUUGGAUUCCCUAAGAAUGAAACAUCACUUGUUUCAUAUGGUCAUCUUAUGCUAAAACUUACAAGUCAAAGUGAUAUAUUUUUUCAAUGAAAGUGACAGAACUUUACAUAAUCAGGAGACAGAUGAAGUCUACUACCUGGAUUGAAGAUACACUAUUAAUAGGCAGAUAUACUGCCAACAGCCAAGUUACUCACUGCACUAAAACAUACAGUAGGUGCCGAUUCCUUUCAUACAGCCAAGGUGUCCUACAUAAACUGUCUCAAUAUUAAGCUUAGGGAGUGGACUUGUUUUUGGCCAUGAGAAAAAAUACUAGGAUUGGAAGGCAAGCAUCUUAACUGCCAAGCUUCAACUCCAUUCGUUUUGUUAUCCUCUGAAGUUCUGUCAUUUUUAUCUUAUACUUGGUUUUAGUUAAACUUGUAACUGGCUACAGUUAUGAUAUUCAUCAUAUUUCUGAAUUGUAUUUAAACUGUGUGUUAUAGUGAGAUGUGUACACAAACGUGGCCUACUAAAAAUGUGUAUAUACUUUUGAAUACAAUAUGUGAAUGUAAAUUUUUAUGUAACAUAAUGUACUGCAUAUUUUACAAUAAAAAUAAUCAAGUACAGUAA